AUGAAUGGUUGUCCCUGUGAUAAUCUGGGGGCACAGGGUCCUCCUGGGCCAAAAGGAGAUAAGGGCGAGAAAGGCAUAGGACUGGCAGGUCCCCCUGGUCGGGUUGGGCCUCUAGGUUUGAAGGGAGAUCCAGGACUUCCUGGUACACCUGGUCCUCCAGGGCCACUGGGGAAGUCAGGUGACACUGGGCCGCCUGGUCUGAGAGGAGAAAUUGGACAACCUGGCCCUCCUGGACCACAAGGGGAGAGGGGACUUCAGGGCUUUGCAGGCCGUGCAGGAAAUGUUGGACCUCCUGGUCCUUCUGGACCUCCUGGACUGGCAGGCACUCCUGGUACCAACGGUGUCAAAGGGGACAAGGGGGAAGUUGGCGUUGGAGUACCCGGUCCCAGAGGAGAGAGAGGAGAUUCAGGGCCCAGAGGAGACAUCGGGCUGCAAGGUGACAAAGGAGAGAAGGGUGACAGAGGACCAAAAGGUGUGCAAGGAGAAAAAGGGGUGAAGGGUCAAGAAGGGCCUACAGGAGAGCAGGGUCUGAGGGGAGAGCCAGGAGAAAGAGGGUCCACUGGAUUCCCGGGUGCUCGUGGUCCGGGUGGGCAGAAGGGAGAAGCCGGCCAGCCUGGAGUUCCUGGUGAAUCGGGUUUAUCAGGAAACGACGGGCUGCAAGGGCGCAAAGGGGACAAGGGAGAGCUUGGUAUUGUAGGAAUGAGAGGAAUCAAGGGCGACCGAGGACCAAAGGGGGCUUGUGGAGGCGAUGGACCCAAAGGAGAAAAGGGAGAUGGUGGUAUUCAUGGACGAUCUGGCCUACCAGGAAGAAAAGGUGAACAGGGGGAACUCGGACCGUCUGGGGCUCCCGGCACACCAGGAAAAGAGGGGCUAGUUGGCCCCAAGGGAGACCGUGGUUUUGACGGGCUUGCAGGGCCCAAAGGGGCUCAGGGAGAGAAAGGCGAAAGGGGUCCGCCUGGGGUACCUGGUCCUCCUGGACCAAGAGGGGUGGAUGGAGUCCCGGGCCUGACUGGCACUCAGGGACCAGCUGGUGCUAAAGGCCCCGAGGGUCUCCAGGGACAGAAGGGGGAGAGAGGUCCAGCCGGUCCUGCCACAGUGGGUCCACGUGGUAUCCCAGGUAUCCCAGGGGAACGAGGAGAGCAGGGAGAGCUCGGGCCAGAUGGAGCCAAGGGAGACAGAGGAGAGCCAGGCAUGACGGAGGAUGAAGUCAGAGCCUACGUCCGUUCCGAGAUGAGUCAGCACUGUGCGUGUGGAGGUUCAGUCCCAGAAACUCGGUCCCAGCCCUCGGUCAGGGCUCGGCUUGCACCGGAACAACAACUGGCCGUGAAGGGUGAGGAGGGCCGUGAGCUGCGUGUGGUGGUGAACACCAAUGACCCCGACUAUGAGCACAUCUACUCCAUCGAGUCCUACGAUGACCCUGCGGACGAGCUCCUCUACUUCGCUCCUUCUGCCAACCAGAGUGAUGGUGAGGCAGUCAAAGAUGAAACUGACAAAACAGUCAAAGUUGAACCCAAAAUAUCAGCUAGAGCUGGCGUUAAGAAAACAGCAACAGUUGCUGGUCAGAAAGCAGUAAAAGUUACACCUCUGAGAGCAGUCAGGUCCAAGAGGAGUGUCAAAGGGGAAGCUCCAGCAGACUUGUGCCUGCUGCCCAUGGAGGAGGGGAGCUGUGGCCGCUACACUCUACGCUGGUACUUUAACAGCCAGGUUCAGGCAUGUAGGCCCUUCAUCUACAGCGGCUGUGAAGGAAACGGCAACCGCUUCCUUCACCAGGAGGAGUGUGAGGAGGUCUGCCUUGGGAAGACCGAAGGUCCAGUGAAGACAGCGCGAUGAUUGUGGCCAAAUCCUCCUCAGCCACACGAAUGUUAGCCUUUAUAUUGCUUUUAUAGAUCAUAAUGUUGUCAAAUGUCAAUGGUCAGAAUUUGUUUUUGUUUAUUUAUUGUUUCGGUAAACUCAGCCACAACUUCACCGCAUGGUUGAGAGGGGAUACCAGAGUGCCUCGUUGCUUCAUGUUCUCAAAACCAGAAAAAUAAGGACAAAGUAGUGUUUAUUGAUUUAAGGAAAUACUAUUAUUUUGUGCAUUAGUAAGACAAACAUCUUAACAUUUGCACACUGAAGACAAGGGCUCACCCUUAGUUUUAUAAGUUAACCACAGUAUUGAGGUACUUUAGUACUUUUAUCGAUUUCAUGUUGCACACAGAUAAUAAGACUCAUGUCUGCAUACAGAGAGGAAGUGGACACCUUACAGACUAAUGCAAUAAUCCUUAAAUAAAGACCAAUACGGUGAAGUUUCAUUAACUCAGUGGUGUCUUCUUAAUACUAUUGAAACGAAGAAACUCAAAGAAACCUCUUUCUGUUUGGAGGUGAUGUCUUGACACACUCUCCCACCCACUUGAAUUAAUCCAAAGAUGUACUUCUCUGUCUUCCAUUGUUUGCAGGCACUUUGUUCCAUCUUUUCAAGGUACAUGUUUCUCUCAGUCAAGUCAAAUUAAUUUUUAUUCUGAUAGCCCUGAAUCACAAAUCGCUCUUUGUCUGAAUGGGCUUAAAGAACUUCAUAACUUAAUACAGCAGUAAACCAAGCACUUGACACAGUUUCACUGUUUUAAAAGGUUUGCUGGUGGCGGUGUUGGUUGUGGAGUGUGGAUAUAAUUUUAAUUUGUGGUCAUUAAACUCUUGUGUGAGUCAUUGUUCGGAUUGAUUGCAUUCAGGUUGUACUAAUGUAACCAGUAGUCCAACCUUACUUACUUGUAUUUCCAUUCACUAAUAGGGUAAUACACACACAAAAAAAGUAUGAACAGUAUUUUUGUGUUUGGUUUAUGUCCUUAUGAUUUGAGUCGGAUGCGAGUUGUGCCUCAUGUUGCUAAGACUUAUGUGUAGCUGCCUUUGUAAUCAGGAUUUAUAGUAUCUGUUGCCUGAAUGUGUCGAGUAUUAGUGAAGGGGGAACACAAGUAGAAUGAAAUACACACAGCAGGACAUUUUGUUAACAGGCAGCACAAACUACACCCUUAAUGAACUUCACCAAACUGGUUAUCGUAAGGAUGCUGUGUUAUAAUGUUGUUUUAUCGCUUUGCUCACUCCUUGUAUGUACAGGCUGUUCAUACUACUUUGCAGUACAGGGCAGACAUGUGGGUUCUGGAAGUAUUUUCUCUAUUGUAAAUGAGGAUUUGAAGGUUUUCUUCUAAUGGUAAUGUUACUGUAAUGAAACACCAGAGUCACCUGAACAAGUGACAAUAUUUCAGGUUUGUGUUUGUUUCAGAGAAAUCGCGUCUCAUCGAUCAGUUUGCUCUGCAGUCUCUGCUAGAGAGAAGACAAAAUAUCUAAUCGCAAAUCAGAGCGUCAGUAAAUAAUGUAACAGUGCACCACGAAUGCUGAAUUCAUCUAAAACGGAUCCAGAAUGCAAAAGUGAAUCAGUUCAAACGUAUUAACAGAUUUCUACAACGUUUAUUUUUAUCCCCUUUAAAAAAAAUCAAUAGAACAACAUUGCAUGAAUGAUGAUUCAACUGUACUAUUAUUAUUAUUUAUAUAGCACCAAAUCAUAACAGAAAUCUCAGUAAUCUCAAAUAUCUCGACACUUGCCAUAUAGAGUAGCUCUAGGUCUGUUGUGGAGAAAUUGCUGAAGUCAAAGGUCGGUGGUGAGGUCAGGAAGGAAGAAAGUGUUCAACAUAUUCUAGUCUGG